CAUCGCGAGUUUCAUGAUACAAUUUUCCUGCGGUACGAGUACUCUAUAAGAUCGUCGUUGCUAUUCGUCAAGUAACACAAGCAACGAAUCAUCCAACCCGAGACAAAACCCUGUCUCUCCCGGCUAAAUCCUCAAUCGAAUCGGUUUCGACACCGCGGGUAAAACAGGGCGAUCACCGAUUGCGAAGCGCCGAAGAAGAAAGUCAGAAGAAAAAGUAUUAGCAUGAGAACGAUGGCAUCGACUGUUUGCAUUCUUUUCGCGGUGGUGUUGCUGUCGCUGUCGCUUACGGCUGUCGACGCUUUUUCCAGCAGCAAUCGGCUCGUACACAACAGUGUAAGGCAGUGCGAUGGCCGUGCGUCGGUUUCGUCCGCCACAGGCACCCGUCGCCAUCGCCUCGGCAUGAUUUCCUUCGGCGGAAGCGGCGACGAAAGCAAGGAGGAACUCCCGCGCGACGUCAAGGAGGCCGUCUCCAAUUGCCGGCAGGCCACACAGACAGCCCUCCAGAAACGAAUUUCGCGGAUGGACAUUGAGUUCCCGGUCGGAACGGAUUUCGGUGUGGAAAAGAAAGCCAAGCCCAAGGGGGGAGGACGCCGGCGGAGGCAGGCGGGCGGGGACACCGAUACCAGCGGAGGCCCCACCCAGUCGAUGCUCGACCGGUCGAACCGAGAGCUUGCACGCCUCUUUGUGGAGAUGUUUCAGCCGGUGGGAGGUGACAACAUUGUGGUCUCGUUUGCCGACAGCGAACUCGCGGAUUUGGCCAAGGCCAACUGGAAGAACGACGCGGGGGCCUCCUGCCGUGUCCUAGCCAUGAACCGCAGCGGGGCCGCGAAAAAGAAGAAAAAGAAAAAGGGGAAGAAAGUAUUGACGAGUGCCCGAGGAUUUGCCGCAAAGAUGGCCGCCGAGGUGGAAGACAACGACGAGGGCACAGGAGGCCAGGGCGGCGGAAGUGGCCCCUUCCAAUUGCCCCCCAACACCGAGGUCGCCCUCUUUGUGGCCCCCGGACCGAAAGAACUGGUAGUCAUCGACAAAAUCUGCGAGACCGUGGGAAUGGGGACCCUCGUGGUCUUGCUCAACGCCCGCCUUGACAAGGUCACUAAUUUCGGGACCGAGGCGGCAGAAAAGCUCUUCACGGAAGACUUCGAAUCCGUUUUUAGCCUGGCCGCGGCUCCUCAGCAGGAAGCUCCCGGUUGUCUUCUUUACAGAGCAUUUCCCGGAGAUUGGGUUUUGGCGCGAAAGCCAAGCGUUGGUCGACCGAAGACCAUUUUGUCUCAACCGGAAAAGCCUACGAACGAAGAAUGCCGGGAGACCUUUGACAACCUAGAGAUUUCCGAUCUUGAAAAGAACGUCGAAGGAUUUGUUGACAACGUUGCGGGGUGGUUCCGUUGAGAAGUAUGCGGCAAGAGCAAAAGCAAUGCCAUAAAGAAGUACGAGUACUCUGACUCCGGUCUCAGUCCAAAUCUUUGUUACUUUUUGGAGUCACGGGAGAAGAAAAUAAUUUCUAUUUUAGUUCCAGCCUUUCUUGUCAGCGAUUGGUUGUUGAAGGGAGCGGGAGCUCAUGUAGUAUUGAAUUUGUGAAUCAGCCAUCGAUAUCUAGUAGAGUGGAACUCAUUUGAACUCCCUUGAAUAGUAAGCCCAAAUACUUCUACUUUUUUUAUGCAAAGUAUUGAGGUACAUUCGCUCCCAAAUUUGUCAUAUCAAAGCUUACUUGUUUUUGGGAUGGCAUUUUGUGUCUCGUCAAUAAUUAAACCACUUGCCAACUUGUGCCCCUUUUAAAAACUCACUUGCCAGCAUCCCACAAUAGUACCUUCUCAUGGGAAAAGAAUAAGAGACUUUGGUAAUUUUGCGCGUGCCAUUUUCAGGUGGCUCCAUCUCAGCAAACAGUCAUUGUCUGACUAUGUUUGACAUGUCUUAUUAUAAGGAUUUGAUACAUAUAUGGGUGGAUAGCGGCUGCACAUGUCCCCAAGGAGUAGAAAAUGCAGCUCCUUCAUCUUGUCCUAUGACGUGGUACCUAACAAGGUUGAAAUCUUUGGUACUUUUAUCCAGUCUUGCAUACCUUUCAGUAAUCAAUACUACGGAUAUCGUAACAAUUGAUCACGCAACUAAUCGUGCGCAUGGGAACAUUAAUUUAACGUUCUGAUUGUUAAGUUAAGAAUGAUGCCAUCUCUAAAUUAAUGAUGCCAUUAUUAGCUGCAUAGGUGUACAUAGGAAAUGUACUAGCCCCGGUAUUGGCACGCUGGCAGGCCCAGCAGAUGCUGAUCCAGCUGCUCAGCGAGGACCAGGAUCAGUCAAUUUGGAUGGAUCCUAGUACACAGCUGUACACAAAUUGCUGUAGAAAAUCUUGGAUCAAGGGGGAACCCUGUCCAUGUUGCUCAAAAAUGAAAGGUUUUGAUUCUGUGUUCAAAAUUGUACUGUGUCCUACUGUCGUGGACCUAAAAAUACCUCCAACAUGCUAGAAAUUCACGCUUUUUAUGUUCUUUUCUUUUGUUCUUUCAUUCAAAAUACUUGGUUCAAGCAACCAACCAUGGGAAUCAGCUCUAUUUGACACACUUGAACUCAACCUUUUCUAAUGUAAUUGGUACCAAUCGAUAGCUCUCUUCAAUUGUCAAUUUAAGAAGCCUUGAACUGUAGAAAAGGACCCAAUAGAAUUAUUGUUUCAGUGUGUUAUUGUAGCUUCUUUUUUUACAGCAACAGCUUCCAACGUUGGCAACAAACAGCAACAUGAGCAGGGAGGAUCCAGCUGAUGAGGUUGCAAAGAUUCGAGCAGACCAUGACUUAACUAGACUAACACAACAAGAAAGAGCUGAGAGGCCUCAUCCUAACAAUGGGGGAUCUGAAGGAUAUGGUGGGCAUGUUAGACUACCAGAAUUGGUAAGGAAGGAGGCUGGUCUUCCUCCUGCUUUUGGGACAUUGAGGCCCAUCCAGUUGCUGGUGUAGACACUGGUGCAGAGCAAUACUUCCUCCAGGGCAAUCUUGGCUCUCAUCUAACCACUACAGUUGAUCUGGUGGUUAGAUACAGACCAGCGCCAAGGCCAACCCUCUUUCAUGCUAUACCCAGGCCUCCAUACCAACCCAAGUGGGGAUCCAUUGAGUACAAGAUCCUUGAUGUGAUCAGUGCUGUGUCUAAGAGCCCAUUGAGCAAAUGGAACUUAAAUGAUCUUGAGCAAGCUAUCUAUAGGGAAACUGGAAGAUACAUUACCUUUGCUCAUUGUGGAUAUACUGUGGAUGGUGUCUAUCAGCCUGGAGAUGGUGAUUAAGCAGCAGCUGCUGCAACAACAGUACCUCGUUGGUCUUCAGCAAGCAAGCUGGAUUUAGGGAUUAGCUGUAAUAGACUGGAGGAAUUUCCUGGGGACUGACGUGCUGGCGUGGCGACUCAUUCUGGGCCUAUGGAAACUGAAUCAUGCUGGGCAAGCCUGGAUUCCAGUCCCCUACUGGAACAGCUUGCCUUGCAGCUUCUUCCACGACACUCAAUUGAUUGCAAAUUGACUAGAUGGAGUGAAUACAGUUACAGUUGGUUGAAUCAAUUGACCAGCAUACUUAAGCUUAAGAGGGAUGGAUCCAACGCAAGAUCCGUUCUUGUCUAUCUAUAGCAGUACUAGUAUUUGUAAACACUUUAUCUUUAGUAGGAAUGAUAUCCACCAAAAGUAGAUGCAAUAGGCUUAGGCAAUACCCCAAGGACCAGCUUGCUGACCACACAACUUGUCCUGGGCCUACAGUUUAGCUAGUCUGGAAUCUAAUCACUACUGGAAUUGUGACUCAAGAUCAGCAACUCAUCCACAGAAAGCUUCCUGGAUCUCUUCUUUGGUCUAGCUACUGGAAGCUUUACUACCCAUCUUGCUACGUGUGUUGGUGGGGGGGGCUUCCGCUGCUGCUGCUGCUGCUGCUGCUGCUGCUGCUGCUGCUGCUGCUGCUGCUACUGAUGCUACUGAUGCUACUGAUGCUACUGAUGCUACUGCUGCUACUGCUGCUACUGCUGCUACUGCUGCUACUGCUGCUACUGCUGCUACUGCUGCUACUGCUUCUACUGCUUCUACUGCUACUGCUUCUACUGCUACUGCUACUGCUACUGCUACUGCUACUGCUNCUGCUGCUACUGCUGCUACUGCUGCUACUGCUUCUACUGCUUCUACUGCUACUGCUUCUACUGCUACUGCUACUGCUACUGCUACUGCUACUGCUACUGCUACUGCUACUGCUACUGCUACUGCUACUGCUACUGCUACUGCUACUAUUGCUACAGGGGGAGGCUUUUUAGCUGGCUUCAAUCCAAGCUCUUUCUUUUUGAUCCACACCAUGUUAUCCACAACCACUUCAGCAUCUCCAUGAUAGAUUUCCCUCAAAUCUUCAACAGUAUUCCUUGUCCCACAAGCUGGUGGUGUACCAGUGGAAGCUGGAUUCAACUGUUUCACAAUCAUAUCAAGGGCAUCUUCAGUAUCAGGACUGCUUUCAUUAGAAUAGUAUAAACUGGUAGAUACUUGCUGGACCUUGGUAACAAAGGAAGACAAGGAACCAGCAGCUGAGGCAGCAGGUUGAGCAGGGAGCUUGAGAUCACUGAAAGGCUUGCAGUAAGGGACAUUAGUAGCGCUUACAGCAGCAUCAGGUGCCAUUUUUUCUUCUUCCUCUUCAUCGGCGCUACUCAAAUCACCAAGGUCAAUAGGACAAGCGCUUGAGCCCUCUUCAGCUGGUUUAUAAGUAGCAAGCCUCUGAGCAAGACUAGAUCCAUGCUUCCCCAGCAAUCUAGAAGAAGACUUGGCUCCAUGGAGGUUAUUCCUAUACUGGCAAUGGCUCCUAUCAGCAGCACUGCUUGUAUGAGGCUCAUACUGCUGGCGCAGCAAAGACUGUUGCAUUAGCUGCUGAGACAAAGGCCUACUAUGCGGCUGGCAAGGCAAAGGCUUCCUCUGCUGGGCCUUUAAGUGAGCUGCAAGUCUAGGAGGACAGAUACUGUUCCUAACCUGAUCAAUACUCAGCCCAUGCUUUGUCCUAUCAGUCUUGUUCCUGAAAGCUUUCUGAAUGGCAUUCCUAAAGGCAACAUUAGACUGAAGAUGAAUAUCAUGGGCAAAGCUGUUUGCUGCAUGAGCCCCAGCGUUUUGCCUGGCCUCAGCAAAGGACUGACACCCCUCCAUUGCUUCUUAAAAGGUGCCCUCCAACACGUGAUGAGUACCAAUAUCAUUGAUAGCCCCUAUUGGAUCCUUCUCCCAGCUCUUUUCUUUGUAAGGAUCAAGAAUAAUCCCCCUCAAGAUAUCAGUCGUAAUCUUGUACCUCUUUGAAGAUGCAAACCUCACCUUACAACCACUGCAGGCAGUCUAUUGUAAUUCCCCUUUCAUCAUACUCUAGAUGAUCAGUACUGGGCUUCCUACACUCAGGACAGUUCCCUCCAUUUGGAUCCAAGUUACAAGUGAUCUUGCAGCAGUAGCAUGCACACCAUACAUCAUCAUCAUGGGCAUGCCUGGGGUUUACUAUGUGAGUCUUCCCCCUUUCAUAGUCCUUCUUUGCUGCCAGAUACUCCUUGUGCCUUGCCUUGUUCACUGCCUUGACAUCUUUCAGCUUGUCAGUAUCCAUGCGUCACUGUACUAGAUAUGUUGUUGCAUACAGGACAAGGCAAAGGAUAAGCUUCUUGAUAUCAAACUUGAUCCUGUCCUGGAUCUUCUAGCCAUUUGUCUGCCAAUCAAUGUACCCCUUCCUGUUCCCCUUGCUGACAGCUGCCUCAUCAUCCAUAUCCUUCUUCUUCAUAUGGUGGAGGACCAGCAGCUUGAAUUGGAAACUUGACCUAUUUAUUGUUCCCCUCUGAAUCAAAGAGGAAUCCAACAGCUCAUCCUUGCUUGAAGGGUCUUUUGCCAGUUCAUGAAGCUUCAUGAGACCAUCUCAGGCUUCUCUCUCCUGUGUAUUGUAGCCAACGACAAUUAAAAAAAGAAGCAGUUGUCAUAAAAAAAGAAGCUACACUGUAACACACUAAAACAAUACUUCUACUGGGUCCUUUGCUACAGUUCAAGGCGUUUUAAGUCGACAAUUGAAGAGAGCUAUCAAUUGAUACCACUUACAUUAGAAAAGCUUGAGUGGAAGUGCUUCAAAUAGCUAUUCCCUUGGUCAGUUGCUUCCAACCGUGUUUUUAAUAGAAUGAAAAGAACAGUUUAGCAGUAAAUCAGCAUGCUUAAUCAGCACACUGGAGGUAGGUAAAGGUAAGGAAACUAUGACACAGUACUAGGAUUUUGAACACGGAAUCAAAACCCUUCUAUUUUGAGCAAAACUACCUUGAUCCACGAUGUUCUGCAGCAGUUUGUGUACAGCUUUGUACCAGGAUCUAUCCAAAAGACCAAUCUCAAGCAAGAUGCUGAACAGCUGCUGGGCCUGCUGGUAGGCGUGCAACUAGUGGGGCUAGUACAAAACCUACUUAGGACUAUGUAGCUAAUGAUGGCAUCAUUAAUUUAGAGAUAGCAUCAUUCUUAACUUAACAAUUAGAACGUUAAAUUAACAUUCCCAUGUGCAUGAUUAGUUGCGCAAUCAAUUGUUGUGAUAUCUGUAGUAAUGUAUUUCAAAGAACAUGCCCCUUUAUGACUAAAAUUCUUGUUUUUGGAAGCAAAUGGUGGGGAUUUGCCAAGAUGUUACCUUCAAUUCUGGUCUCUCUUUUUACCCUGUAUGACUGCUUUGACUCAAAAAUUCCAGUCCGACAAAACUAUCUGCUCACCAAAUUAGGUGACUCUUCUUCCUUCAACUGAAACUUUGGCAAGACUUCCCCUGAUAUUUUUGUUUCCAUCUCCAGUUGAUCAGAAGGAAGAGUGAUGGAUUCAUUGACAUGUUCUUUUAACAUGAGUUAUCACAGUGUGUUGAUCACCUUUCCUUCUUGUCAAAUUGACAUAAUUCCUCCUGUGAGGCAAACUACCCCAACUACUAAACAUGGAGGAUACUACAAAGAAAGAAGUAGCAAAAGCAGUAAGAGACCACUGAAAAAGAGAAGCACCAUUAGCAGCAAAAUAUAACCGACACACAAGAGUUUUGAAGAACUCUACAAUGGAGUACGUACAAUAUGAUAGGAAGUUGCAGAAGUAUAUGUAUGUACUGUAUUGGAAGCAUAAGUACGAUACAGGAUUAAGGAUACGUAUGAUACGAGAUUAAGGAUAUGCAAUCUGUAUAGUUGAACAUACCAUUCCUACCUACGUAUGGUAACGUACUGUUUAAUAUAUAUACAUCAUACGUCAUCAUAAGAAUACAGUGACGAUUGCAAGGAUGCAAACUCCAAAAUGAUAUGUAGUAGGAAUAUGCCAAUAGCCCCCCCCCCCCCCAAGUCAGUAAAUCACAGCCCCAGGGGGCUGUUUGUUUAUCACUAGCAGUAGAGAAGGCAAUGCAUAAGUAUCAACAGGAAGAAUGCAAAGAUGAAGAAGGAAACAAGUCAUCAGGCAAGAAGGGUCCUUGUUCAGAGAGGACUCAAGAACUCUGCUCACAAGCACUGGCUCCCAAAGUGCAAGCUUGCAACAAUGAAGGACAACCUCAAAAUGAAGUGGCACUCCACUGUACAGGCCUGGAAAGUUCUGGGGUUCAAGAAGGAAAAUACUUGAGUUGGAUGGCAAAUACUAGUAAUGGAUACAGUAACUCCCCCUCCAGAAGCACCAGUUCUCCCUCCUCCAAAGAUACUCAACAAUCCUUUGCCUCAGUUAGUACAGUUUGUACUCUCUCAAGAUUGGAAAUGGAUCAAAGACUCAUACCACAAAAAAAACUAAAUGAGACAUCAUCCUUUGUCGGGUGUGAAAGGAACACCUACUUGAAGAAGAAGGAUCUUACAAAAGCAAUUGAGCUCAAAAGGUUUGCAAAGCCUCUGUUGCCUCUAAGGAUGAAAGUUGUCAACAAAAACACCAAGUUGUUCCUUGAGAUCCAAAUGGCUGGUGUGAUGAUGAGGGAAAACAAGAACUAGUCCCUUGUUCUCAGUGUGCAAAAGAAUUUUGUACAAUGAGUGAGGGAACCCCCUUGCUGCUACUAUGAAUCACAGCCUCUUGUGGGAUUCCAAUAAUUACAGUGGAGAUAAAAAGGAGGAGGGGUUCUGUAGAUGUACUAGUAAAUCUGAUGAUAAGUUACCACAGACUGUACUAAUUGCUGAGCAUGUCCCUUUCUUUUUACAAGAAGAGGUAUUUGAUUGAGAAACCACAUCCAAAUGUUGUAGCAAAGGAGAACAUGCUGUAACUAAAUCCUUGAUAGCAACCAAAAAUAAAUUGGCAACCAACUAAGGAGCUCUACAAGUCAAAAGCUAUGACAUCCCUUCAUCUUCCAAUACAUCAUUAUAUGGCUGCAAUAAAUGCAUUAAUUUGUGCUUGAGUUAGCUGCCGUACUAACAAGUGUUAAAUCAGUAGUAGUAAGAAGUCCACUGCAACAAUAGAUUGCUGUUGUUGCUACUAGCACUUGGGGAUUCAAAAGUCUCUCCUCCCUGCUACUGAUUAUCAUCCUCCCCUUUGUUGUCUCCACCAUCCUCUAGUAUGUCAAGCAAACUCCAAAUUGUCACAUAACUGGUGUUCUUUUUUGGGAUUCUUCCAGUACUUCUUACUCUGUUCUUGCCCUCUCUUAUCAUGCCUAAUUCUUGAGCAGAAGUCAUCUCUGCCAAGACCAAACCAUUCAAAGCCAUGGUAGUUACUGUGAUGUUCCUCUAAUUCUAUCAAUAUCAGACAUCACACCAUUAGGCACACCCUCCACUUGUAUUCAGGCACACCCUCCACUUGUAUUCAUCAUAUUCCAUUGAAGAUAUACAACUAAGGGCCCCAUUACUACUAUGCUUGAUAAGGCUGGCUUGAUCCAUCCAUGUACAGAUCCAAUCUACCACCACCAACUUUCAAUAAGAAAGAAUUAGUGUUGUGAACAAUGUCCUUGUGAGUACUUAGUAUGUAAUCAAAUUUUUAUCAUGCAUCAUUAGUACUAGUACCUUUAUUGGAUUUUCCAGGAAUGGGGAGUUUUUCCAAAUCAUUCUUACAGGAAUUUUGUUUCCAACAUUCUCAUUGAAUGAAAAGCCCUGAAGAUCCCAUUUAUACUUGCUAGCAUUCUCCUGAGCUCCUUCACAGGCACCAUGCAUAAGCAAAAUGCCAUCAAAGAAGUGAACAUCCUCAGACAGUGUCAUGGGGAAAGCUGGUGUGGUCCCUCCUCUCUCUCAUUGGCAUUAAAUACAUGGACUUUUGCACCUUUUAUCAUUGUGUUGUACAAAAAUGUACACAAUUGAGAUGGGUUGAGAAACCGUUAAUGGUGCUUCUUCCCUGGUGGUUCAAUCUGAUACUGCUGGGCCUCUGUCAAAGCAGGAACAAGGGGAAGAAUCAACUGAUAGAAGAAGAAUGUAUCUCCUCCAUUUUCAAUCCUCUCUUUUGUGAGUCCAUGUUGCUGAAACUUGAAGAUAUUUGACAUCCCCCUUGUUGUCUGGAUCAUAAACUCAACUAUCCCAACCUCAAGUACUAUUAGUGAAAGUGAUGUUUAUUACAUUUUCUAACACCUUCACUCCUCUCACCCUUGUUGUCCACAUCAUCAAUGUUGUUUUUUCUUCCUUCUCCACACCAGAAUUGUUGACAUACUGUUAUUCAGAUUGAAGAUAAUGUCCUUUGAAACUAGUAGUAUCUGCCAGUUCCUCUCUCAAACUUUUGACUGUAGUACUAAUCAGGAUGUAAUCCAUCAGAAUUGUCCACAUCUCUCCACUUUUCUUGUGCCUCCCCUUUGCUAACCUUUCAUUUCUUCCUCUUGCAUCCAAGUGGGGGCUUUGGAUAAUCAAUACAGGAAUCAAUGAUGGUUCCAUCCUUGUAGUAAUAGAAGAACUAUUAUGUAUCAUGAGGUGCUACAGUAUCCUCCAAGUCAAAAGCCUAUUUCCUUUCCUCCAUAAUCACAUCAAACAUAUCAGCUUGUGUCUUCUCCUCAUUACUCAUCCGUGAGCAGUCUGAUUCAUAGCUUAGUACUACUAGUCCGUAAGUAUCUUCCACCAAUGCCUCCUCAUCACUUGAACUAGUACUAUCAUCCACAAACAUAGUUUCCAAGUCUGAUUCUAAUUCAAAUGCUGCUUAUUUGAUAUUCCACAAUGUUGGCGCAGUUAGUAUUUUGGCCACUUCAAUGUAAAGAAGGGACCAAAACACAAUGUACGACUGGUUUGUACAUUGGUCUGCCAACUCUAUACAAUAGCACUCCAUUUUAUCCUUUGUGUUGUUUUCAUUCAUUUCUUAGUGUACUAGUGGUGUGGUAUUUGAAAAAUGUCACUAUGGUCUGUUCUUGUUUUUGGUACUACUACUACAGCUACUGUUUACUAUCAUUGUUCACCAACAAAUUUUAAUUACUAGUAUGCAGUACUCCUAUGUGAUGUAGUAGGGAAUGCCAGCAAGUAAGUGAACAAAACUGUCACAAGCAAAUUGAUUAGCUAAUGCUUUAAGAACAAAUAAGCAAUAAAUUAUUGGUAAUCAUGUCAUACAAUUGUAUUGACUUCUUGUGUUACAAUACUAGUGUGUUAAAAGAUCUCAACAAGGCUCAAUACAGAUGAGUAAAAAUAUUUGAAUAAUCUUGUUAUUUGCUUUUAAAAAUGAUAUAUUUCUCUUUGAACUAUUUUUUGUACUGGAACAAACAUUUUUCUGGACUAAAUCUUUUCUUCUAUCAAGUGGUUGUUUCUUGUUCUGAGAUAUUUCUCCAUCAAACUUUGUUUCCUUUUGUCUUGAUUCAUCCAUUAUCUCGUAGUUGUGGUAUUCAAACACACUCCAAUGUAGUGCAUGUAAAUGGUUUGCGACGCUCCGACUUUCUUGCCUUUCAACAAUGAUUUCAAUUUAGUUGCAAUAGAACAACCAAGAACAAGAUCCACUGAUACAGUCACUAUUCUCAUUACAAAUCUAUUUCGAAAGAGUGGCAGUGCAACAGGAAUAAGUCAGACGUUUCGAUUUUUCAGAGAGAAAUACAUAUCAGUCAAACUUACACUUCCAUCGGGGAGCUUAUCGUAGCACCUGGUUGAUAAUGGUGACAAACUGAAUUCUACAUGAACUUCACAUCUCCCAGAUUGGCAAUCCCUUCCGGAUUCGCACAUUCCGCGUUCUCCACUCUGGCUACUCUCAUCGGGGCACAAAGUGGGCAUUUUUCCAUCGGCGGCAUUACAUUGGCCACCGGUAGAAAGAAGUCCUGGUACCUCGAAACAAGAAUCGCUUUCACAAUACUCAUCACGGUUGCAAAAGUCGCAUGCAAUAUUCUUCUGAACAUUAGGGAGGAAGAUUUUGUUGUAAUCGAUUCGGGCGUUUAAAAUCCAAUUCUCCCAACCGAUGGUAUAGUAAGAAUUCACAUUGUAUGUAUAAUGUGCACUUGAAUGACCGAACGUGUACUGGACACCAAAAUACGUCCAGCGCACAUCACAGCUUUUUGCAAUGUGAGAACAAGCCGAUCCAUCAAUACUACCGAUCGGUCGAGCAGCCAAAUCAUAAGUAUUUAUCACGACAUCAAACUUGAUACCAUUAUGUAAAGUGUUCUCAAUCAGUCCAUUAUAUUCAGUUCGGAUAAGCAGUUGCCUUAUAUCUUCUUCGUCCCAGUUUGCGAUCAUCUCCUCGAUCUCAGUAUUGUCGAAUCCAAAGGAUUCCAAAGUAGUACUGUACUGUGACAAAGCUGUAUCUACUACAUUCGAUGCGACAUUAAUACCGAGUGCGUCCAAUCUGGUAAAGGGAUCGUAUGCACCGAGAGCAGCGAAUGAUGCACCUUCAAUGCCAGUUUCAGAGCAAACCAUUUCCGUUAGGAUCCCUCCUAAACUAUGUCCGGUGAUAAAGUCUGCCUCCUGUUCAAGUGCCACUUGUACAGCUUCUUCUGCCAUAUUUCUUAUAAGAUAAUUGGCCGUUGGCGUCGACCAAAUAUCGGCAAGGAGCUGCUCGGCGUUGGAGAAAUCUGUGCCCAUGAAUGCGAGAAUUUUUUUUCCCUCAUGUGGACCCUGUUGGAUUAUGUAAGUCGCCCACUGUAGAGCAUCUCUUCCAUCUGAUGCUUCCGCCAGAACAUCCUCGCAGGAUUGAACAACAUCCAAAGGAUUGAAACUACCAAGAAUGUUCUCAAGCACACCUCCUACCAUGGUAACUACUGCAGACGUAAGUGAAUUUGAAGCAAUCGCUGCACAUAAAACAACUAGAAAUGC